UGUUUUAUUUAUUUAUUUAUUUUUUACCUCGUGCUCUUCCCACGAUGACUGAAUCUUGCGAGAGUUCCUGAACGCAGCACUGACGUCGGCUGCUCAGUGUGAAACUAGCAGCUGUCACGCUGGUUUGUGUGAGCAGAGCCCCCCACGAACGACACCAACUCGAGGUUUUUCGAAGUGUUUUGCCAGAAUGGCUCGCGGACACCAGAAGAUUCAGUCUCAGCAGAAGAAUGCUAAGAAGCAGGCGGAGAUGAAGAAAGCCAAGGGUCACGAUCAGAAGACGGCAGCUAAAGCCGCGCUAGUGUUCACCUGCGCCGUGUGCAGGUCCCAGAUGCCCGACCCAAAAACGUUCAAGCAGCACUUCGAGAGCAAGCACCCCAAAUCUCCUCUGCCCCCCGAGUUAGAGGGAGUGGAGGCAUGAAUGGCCACUAUGGAUACCAACCACCACAAGGCCCCGUACCAGCCGUGCACUUGACAGUAAUGGAUGAUUUAAUGUACCCACCCCGAUACAGUUGUCUUUAUCUUUUCCCUUUUACAUACCAGGUUGCCUUUGACGCAAUGCCUCUUCCCAGUCCUACUUGUCCGUACUUGUGUUUAAACACACGCAGGGAUAGAUCCCCUCGUAGUUGUAACUUUGGGGCUGCUUAAGAAUUAAUUAAUGAACACAGACUCACUGCCUGAUGAGUUGAGCAUAAGGAAUAUUUCUCACCGCUAGCUAUUGUUCCUCUUAAUCCAGAGCUUUAUACACUAUGAGGUAGAACACAGUAUCCUCACAAAGCAUGGAUGAGGCAUGAGCAGAGCAUUUCUGACUUAGCUGCACAUGAGGUGGUGACAAGUAUGACCUAAUUUAUUUUAAUUGUGCUUUGAGAACAGAAUCAAAAGGAGGCUGUGACACGUUUCCUCAGUGGUGCGCUCUGUAAUUCUUCCACGGCGCUGUGUGCCCUGUUAUACUGCAAACCUUCAUCUGGCUAAUCCAGUUGUGAUGUUAAGUCAUGAAAAUGUGAAACUUUUCCAGCCAACAAGCAGCUACAAAAAUAUUCAUGGAUACAAGCAACCUUUCUAUGCUUGGGAAACGAAUGUAUGCCUCAAUUGUGUAUUAUACCAUUGUAAUAAAUUUUACUUUGUUCUACA